AUCUGUCCCUGAAGUAGGCCACAUUUCUUCAUCCGAUGGACGAGAUGGAGCGAAAAAUCCUCAUCGAAAGUUCUAUCAACGAUGGCGAUGAUCUAACCGACGACGGAACAGAUGAAUCUCAUCUCCUAUACGCAGUUAACACGAUCCUCAGUGGCACAGCACGGCUCAACAUCCUCCUACCAACGGCUACGAUCCUGGCAUUCACAAUCUUCGCGCCUAUCCUAACGAACGACGGGAAAUGUAACGAUCUAAACCGUUGGUUGAUGGCGACGUUCCUAGCCAUUCUGUCCAUCUCGUGUGUAUUCUUCUCAUUCACCGAUAGCUUCCGGACGGCGUCAGGGAGAUUGUAUUAUGGAGUUGCGACGUUUUAUGGUAUAUGGACAUUUAAUGGGGCCCGAAAGAGACCGUCGGAUCCGUCCGGGUAUCGGCUCAGAUGGGCCGAUCUCUUCCAUACAUCACUUUCGCUCAUUGCUUUCCUCACGUUCGCAGCCGCACAUACGGAUGUCGUGGAGUGUUAUUAUCCGUCGAUGCCGAGGAAGGUGACCAACAUUGUCCCACUUGUGGUGGGAUUUGUGAUUAGCGUUUUUUUUGUGUUGUUUCCUUCAAAGAGAAGGGGAAUCGGAUACCCGUUCAUGCUCAGGAGGGAUGCUCUUUUAUAUAGGAGUUAGGAAGGGACGUGGAUUUGUGUGGGACCCACCAUGAUGUAUGUUUUUUAUCCACGCCGUCCAUCUAUUUUUAUAGAUCAUUAUAUAGCAUGAGCCCAAAAAUGAGAGAGACCCAAAUCUAAAGUGGACCACACCACAAGAAAAUAGUGGUGAUUGAACGCCCACCAUUAAAAACUUCCUAGGGGCCACUGCAAUGUUUAUUUUCCAUCCACCCUGUUGGUUAGGUAGGACAGACCUGGAUAAAAUGAAAACACAAAUAUUAGCUUUAUCCAAAACUUUCGUGGCCCCAAAUAAGUUUUUAAUAGUAGGCGUUCAAUCAACACUGUUUCCUGUGGUGUGGUCCACAUGGGAUAGAUAUCAACCUCAUUUUUGGUAUCAUAUCCUAAAAUGAUCUGUAAAAACGGAUGAACGGCAUGGAUAAAAUAUAUACAUCAUGGUUGGGCCCACAGAGCACCGUCCAGUAUCUACUGGCUACUUACCUGAGGAAUGCUAGGUCUGCUCGCACGUGUGAGAUAAUCUGGAGCUCGGAGGCACACGUGCCGACAUGGGUAGGGUGGCGGACGGACGGGAUGGGCCUAGGCCAAAAUUUUAAAAUUUUGGAUCGGUCCAGCCCAAUCAAUUGCAAAAAUGGGCCCCAAUGAACUCAGGUGGGCCUGGCCCCGUUCGCAAGCUUAAACAUCGCACACUUGUGUGGCUAGAUCAUUCAUCAGGUGGGACUCACUGUGGGAUGGUCCAAUUGUUAGUUGGACAACGGAUCUGAUUGUGGGACGAGGAUCGCAGAUUUCCCUGCCUGGUGAACGUGUCUGAUCUUUUACACGUGUCUGGUGUUGGCACGUGUGCUACUUAGAAUCUGGCCCAUCUCAGGCGAGCGAAUAUACUUAGCAUUCCUUAGGAAACAAGAGAUGGCGUGUACAUGGAAGGCCCUCAAGAAAAAGUAAAUAAAAAGAAAUUCAAGGAUGUUUUGGUCAUUUGUGGAAAUUACUGUGAGACCAUCUUUUUCCUGUCAUCAUUAACCGUAAAGCAUUGUCCUGAUCGAGUAGUGGUUUUCAUUUUGUAAAUGGGAGAUGUGGGCCUUG